AUGACACGAGCGUCACACGACGACGUCCGGCUUCCCGAGUCUUCCCCAUCCCGUAGCGAUAUGCACACUGGUCGGCCUCGCCAACCCGAUCCCCUGUUCACUUUCCAGGCCGGCCAUGUCUCCCUCGAAGACUUCCCAAAACUACACCGAGCCCCUGAAGCUUGGCUGGGCGAAUGGUUCUGCCGGCCUGAGAGCCUUCGCAACACUCUCAUUGAGAGCGGUGCUGCCAUUGUGGGGUCGCGGUUCCUGGACUACCUCGCACCUGGCUUUUGUGGGCCGGAUUCGGACUGGAACUUCGCCGUUGACAACAACCCCGUAAACGUUUGGCGUCUUAUUACUGGUCUUCAGCACUGCGGGGUUCUCUUCCAAACGCGUGCGGAAAGGAUAUUAGCCUGUUUAGCGUAUCCACAGGCACACGUCAGCUUCGUGGCGACUAAAUUGGACAUCUGGCAAAGCAUGCACGUGGCCAUGUCCCGAGGAUCGAGCACCCACACGAAGAAAGCCCUCCUUGCGGUCGACUACUACAUUGGGGAGGAUCAGAUGUGUUUCGCAAAAUCGGGAGAGCUUAUUCAGCACCAAUUCAAGUGCGAGGUGGCCGCGGUGCCAACCAUUGACGGAUCGGGUUACAAGACGAGGGUACGGGUUUGGAGAAUGUUCGGAUUCCCCAAAGGAGAAUAUGAUUGGAGGGGCCAAUUUGUGACCAACCUCCCGACUACUGUGAUAAACGGUUCCAUAACCACACGGCACCGGAGUGCCAAAGUUCAAGUCAUCGUAACCGCAGGGGGCUACAGGAAUCAUAUUUUGAGUUCCCAUCUAUCUUGCACUCAAGGCUACGUGAGCGGCGAAGUCGCUGCUGUUCUCUAUCCCGAGCUGACAGCGCGGCGAGAGUUCUACGCUUGGAAGACCCUCCAGGAUGCAGAGCGAGACAGGGACGCUCGCAGGAAGUAUGAGCGCCGCGGCUUUUCAGAGGUCGCUCUGCCCCUACACCCAGACGUGAGGGACCAUGUCCUGGGCGAUCCAUCCACCAUGGUCGUCCACUUUCAGGCAGUAGCGGCGCAUCUGUCCUUGCCUAACGACAUGUGGCCUGCCACGUACGUAGCAGAGCCCACGGAGUUCGUAUGGGAGCAGAUUGCGGACUGGUUGCACGUGCCAGCGUCAGCGACGCCUUCUACCUACCGCCUCCUCCCACUACGAUACGAGACCAUGACCACGAAUCAUACCGCCCAUUUAUGUAUGCGUUACGGCGUACCCGUGCCGUGUCCUGCUCACAAUGAGGUCACCCGCGAUCUGCGCACGCAGAUGCUACAAGAAGCAAAGGAGUUCCUAAUCGUCCGAGAAAGUGUUAGCUUCGUGCGCUGGGCGGUGCGGCGCACCGUGGUAGUGGAUCGUGUAAACGAGGAAGAUGCCUGGCACCUCGACAGGCUCUUUGCCAUGCCAGCGGAGGAACCUGUCAAGCCUUCUCAGCUUCCGCCACGGUCCGUCUUCGAUGUCCCAGAGUGCCGUAACCGGGUGUAUGGCUACCUGAUCGCAGAUGACCACGCCGCAUCCAGGCGAUUCAUUGCCCCUCGAUCGACCGGGUCCCGUGGCAAUUCGGGCCUAUUUUCGGUCUCGCGCAUGUUCCGGGCAGAGUACGGACCUCUUUGGAUGCAACUCCACGCGGAACAGAUCGAGGAGCAGGUUCGCCAGGUCCGACGGGCCAUUCGACGCCUCGAAAAGCAAACAAAUAGCAAGUGGGAUGUCAAGUUUCAAGACACCUCGGCUGCUCAUGUCCGUCCAGAGGUAAUCAUCCAGGGCGCGUUGCCCGGUGAAAUGAGUCUUGCAUCUCUCUGCCGGAUUCGAGCCGUGAUUCCAAUCCUGGGCAUAACAUUCAAGGCAUGCCGUCCUACGUGUGCACCUGAGCCUUACGAACUGAUCAAUGUGGCUCUGGGCAACUCGUGCCCGGCAUGGCGGGCAUGCCUGAAAAAACGUGCACUCGUCGAUCUGCAGUUUCAGCUGGGCGGUCAGGGUCAGGUCCCGUGUCUAAAGUUUUUCAUGGAGGAAGGCGCGAAUGUAGGCCUUCGCAUGUUUCACGAGCUCGGAUUUCCGCCGCUGCGGCCAGACUUCGACGUCAAGGUGUGGACCCUCCACGGGGGGCUACGAUAG